UUGCACUAUUGCAUCAUACCUGAGUGCUGACAUCUGUGGCAUUCGUAGAGACUUCAUACAGGUUGAAACAUGAACAGACCUAGCUUGGACUCUUGUUGACAGUCGAGUUGAGUGCUGAACAUUUACGGAAAGUUAGUGGAUUCUUCUAACAUCUAGUCCUGCCAGACGUGCUAUCUUAACUUUAUCUUUAUCAGUCAGGCGUUUCUUAUCUCUUUUUACUGCACCGAUACGUAGUAUCGAAGUAGUGUAUGAAAACUCUUUCAUUACAUACAUAUCUAAAUACCUACCUUCUACGUGAUCAACAUCUUUGCCAUCUUUGCAACGCUUAGCCUCCCUAGCAAGCAAUAUGAUCAGAACUGGAGAGAAGACCCCAGUAUCGCAGCUGCAAGAAUACAUGGUGAAGAAUGGAGGAGUUUUACCGAAAUAUGAACUUGUUCAUUCAGGAUCUAGCUGCAAAGUCAUGUUUAAAUUUAAACUGUGCUAUUUACACUUGGAAGUGUUUGGAGAAGGUUUGUCAAAGCAAGAAGCCAAACACAAUACAGCAAAGGCUAUGCUCAUAAAACUUGGGCAAUGGAGAGGCAAUGUGGAACCAAAGCAACUUCUUGAUCCCUCAGAAAGGGCAGCAACUGCCCCAUCCUCCUUUAUUAAUGCUGUUGGGGCUUUGAAUGAGUUCUGUGUACAAUUCCAUCGCCCGACUCCAAAUUAUAUUGUCGUAAAAGAAGAAGGCCCUCCGCACAAUAGGGAAUUUACGAUGAAGUGUACAGUUGGGGACUUAUCUGAAGUUUCAUCUGCUAACUCGAAACAAGAUGCCAAGCAUCAGUGUGCCACCAAAAUGUUAAAAACAUUAAAAAAUUUUAAAUGUGAAAACUCAUUUAAUGUGCUAACAGUAAGACAGGAACAAAAGCCACUCCCAGAGAAAUUUGAUCAAGUGGAUCUUCCUGAUAUCACAGAAAGUUUAAAGCAGACAACGAUUUCCUGUCCCUCUUCUUUCAACGCUGUGGGAGCUUUGAAUGAGGCAUGCGUUAAAUACCGUCUUCCAUCUCCGGAGUAUUUUGUUGUCCUUGAGGAAGGUCCUCCACAUGAGAGUGAGAUGACAAUAAUGUGUACAGUUGGGGACAUAUCUGAAGUGUCAUCUGCUCGUACAAAGCAAGAUGCCAAGCAUCAGUGUGCAAUAAAAAUGUUAGGCAAAGUUAAAGGUUUAUGUCAUGAUAAUUCAAUUAGUGCGUUUAGAGAAAAAUGUAAGUCUGCUUCAAAUAAUGUUGAGUCAGUGGAACUUCCUGUUAGUGCAGAAAGAAUUAAAUCCUCAUCAUUUCACCCUCCCUCUUCUUUUAAUGCUGUAGGAGUUUUGAACGAGCUUUGCGCCAGACAUCGUCUGCCAGCUGCUGAAUAUUGUGUUGUAAAGGAAGAGGGUCCUCCGCACUUACGAGAGUUUACAUUGAAAUGUACAGUUGGCACUGAAUCGGAGGAGGCGUCAGCAAAUUCUAAGCAAGAAGCUAAACGUCAAUGUGCAGCAAAAAUGCUAUUAAAGUUGAAAAAUUUGCCGUUAAACUUGUUGGAUCUGGGAGGAGAGUCGGCACCUAAGCUUUCUGAAGAAGAAUUGAAACAAAUAAUCACUAAAUUCAAGGCGUCCAGCUCACUUUUAAAAAAUCGCCAACAAAAUAGCUCCACUCAACUGCCAAUCAAAGAUUAUCAUAAUGUGGCAAGGUUAGGGCCGAAUGUUAAGUCAGCGGUUAUAGAUGAUUUGUCAGGCACUAUUCGGCCUGGGGAUUUCUGCAACCUUCAAACACACCUAGAAGAUAAUUAUAUGGAUGUCUUUCAGAAGCUACUGAAAGAAUUGAACUUAAAACAUGACUUUAUCUUAAUUCCACCCCACCAUAAAUCCAGAUGUGCUGCUAUAACUCUAAAUAUAAAUUAUACAAUCCCUGUUUCAUUUUUAGGAAUUGGUGAGACAAUGUCAAAAGCCAAGCAGAUAGCUAUAAUUGACGCAGUAAGUUGGUUGGUCUGCCUCCAUACUUAGUGCAUUAAAGUGUUCAGAAUGUCUCAUGUAUAUUUUUCAAACAAAAAUCGUCAUUGAAUUGAAAAUGCCUUGCAAAUCCACAUCUUGAUGCCGAAUUUUAAAAACUUACUUUAUCUCUUUGAAUUUUGUGAUUAUCUGUUUAAAUUCUUCUUUAGAGAGCUGAGGAGCAGACUCCCCUCCCAGAUUUAUCAGGUUUAAAGGCAAAAUAAACCACUCUCAGUUUUUUCUUUUGCAUCUCAAAAUAUCCUCUUAAAAUUGUAUAUAAAAAGAGCGAUCUUUAAACACGCAAAAUAGAUACAGUGAUUUUUUUAAAGUUUCAGUUAUCUGAUCAGUUACUGAAGUAAUGAAGUUUUCAUUUGAAGAAGCUGUGUAAACAUUAUUCUUUUGAUACAACACAGUAAAUUCACAGUGUAAGUCUGCAACCUCGUAUCUCGUUUGCGGUGUUUGAAAAUCUCAGCUCUUACUUUUUUUUUUUUUAAAAGAGAACGAAUCAACAUCAUUUCUUGAAAGUUCCCGCAGAAUUUUCUUCGCACAGAGGAGAAAAAUCAUGGCACUUUUUAAGAAUUGCUGUUGAGUUGUUUAUCAUUUAAAAAAUAAAGUUUGACAAUAUGUCUGCAAUACCGCCAACCGAGAUACGUUGUUGCGAACUUAAACCGUUUAAAUUAUAAAAAGCCUCGAAACUUCACUAAGCAAGUUCUGGUGUCGCUCCAUGCAGAUUUAGCCUUGACGAUCUUGAAGUAACUCUGCUCUCAGCCCUUGCUAGGGCCUAAACUUUUGUUGGGGAUUUUUGUUUUUCAUAUUUUAUUUCAAAUUUAAGGUAUUACUCUAAAAGAGUUAAAUAUUUUUUUGAUUAUUCCCUGGAGGAAGGUAGUCACUUUUCCAAGAGAGAGCACCUUAAUAGCGAGCAUGUAGUAUUCUUUGAAAGGUGGUUGAUGCAGCCACACUAACUUCCCUCUUUAGUUGGGUGCUAUUAUUCCGUCUCUUUUUUGUUUGUACAGGUAUAAUUGAUCCUUCUCUUGAAGUUUUCAUUAAAUUCAAAUUCUUCAUAAAAUUUGACUCUUCCACUAUUUCAGUCAAUUUUGGCUAGCUAUUUCUUAUCAAUUUCUUAACAAAUAAGAUAGGAGCGAAAUUACCUAAGUGUUUUUUCAUUAUUGUGUGCAUUAUUCAGUCAUUAUUGAUUCUCAGAUUUACGGCUGAGAAGUUGAAACAACCGCAGCCUCUGGAAGGAUUGAGUUUUAGCCUCCCUAAGGAUUGCCAAAAAUGUGUAACCUUUAAAAUUUUAGCUAUAGUCGUAUCUUCCACGCAUUUUUUUGUUUUUUGUCUGCUUUACUAACAAUUCAUGCAGACUGGUGGUCUACCGUGCUGAGGGAAAACGCUGCACAAACCCUCAGACGUUGCCAAAUUGCCUUUGAAAAAUCACACAUUUUCGGGGAAACCUGUCAAUAUUUUUCUUCGUGUUUUUCAUAAAAUUUUGCUCGUAAUUUGAUAUAAAGUGCCUGAAAAUUUCAAGGAAAACUACUCAUAACUUUCCUUCAAAAAUUAUAUUUUCUGAGAGGCAUUCUGCCAAUACUCGAAUGCUCUUAUGACGUUUUUCCUCAGCUCGGCAGUUUAUUAUAGACUAAUAAGAAGGGGGAGAUUCUUGUAAUUUACAAACUUUAGGGCAGUGUCAUUUUUAGUGUCAUUUUUUUUAAAUUAUGUUAAGUCUGAUAUAAUUGUGGCUUUUAAAAUUUCCGUCUGUUUGCCUAUCCAAUAAGUUAUUUUGUUUAUUGCUUUUUCAUUAAGUUUUUGUCUAUUGUUUUUUCUUUUAGUUUUUCAUCUAUUUCUUGUCUGCACGGGGUCUUUGUCCUGUAAAUGUGAACCAGUUACAUAUGCUAAGAUUAAAAUUACUUUGUGAGGGCUGCAUGUACCCAAUUGAAUUUAUGAAAAUGGAAACACACAGACUCGAAAAAUACAAAAGUUCAGGACCUUAAAAAAAACUGCGAGUUGGUGUGUUUUGUUAUCACAGGUUCAACUCGCAAUUUUCCAUUCAAUUAUUUUGUUUGCAGUAAUUCUAGGAAGGGUAUUCAUUUGUGUGAUCAUGAAGUGUAUCUUUAAACACAGAGCAAAAGAAUCAUGAGCUAAGUAUCUUAUGGUACUAAUAUUUUUAUCUUUUUAGUGUAACAACCCCUCCACUUCCCAAUUACGUACUUAACAGUUGACACAAUUUAAUUAAUCUCUUCACUGUUAUAUUUUUUCCUCAUCGUAACUUGGGAAGUGAACACCAUACUCUGAUUAGGGACAAAUUUUACACCAUCUGUCACACUUGGAAGUUUGGCAUAUAUCAAGAGUCAUUCUUCAUUCUAAAAACGUCCAAGAACCAAAAUAGUCUGUAAGUUUUAAGUAUUCCCAAAACAGUGACAGUGAAGUUUACAGUUCAAUUAAUAUACCUAUGAUUUUUGAAUUUAUCAUUCUUUUUGCAAAAUUAAUUUUACACAAAUUUUAUUGAGAUUGUUGAAUGUAUGUUCACUAUCAAAGUCAGGUGCAUGCUUCCUACAAAUGUCAUUUAACUCGUCUUUGAAAUUACACUGUGCUUUUUUUACUCGAUUUCUUCUCAGCGUAACUCUUUUUGACAAAGAAUUCAGCAUGCAUCCAUCCAUCAUAUGUAGAUUUAUGUAAAGCAUGUCUGUUUAAAUUACGAAAAAUUGUGCCUUUCGAUUAAAUCUCAUCGGCCCUAUGUCAUUUGUUGUACUUUCACAGAUUUUUCUGCCUAUUUUUUUGAGUGCUACUUCAGUUCAUGUAAUGUCUGUGAUUUUUUAGGAUUCAUGAUCACUAUUCCGUCAUGCUAAGGAAGAACGACAUAUUCUAGAGUUGGUAAAUUUUCUUUAGUAAAAAGUUUAUUUAUGAGGAGAGUUUUUAAUAUUUUUUCAUGAAAUUUUCAGAUAUUUAGCCCGACUGUGAUAAAAAUUUUCUGAAAAGUUAGAGGAAAAAUAUUGACAGAUUUCCUUAAAAAUUCGUAUCUCAUCAAAGGAAAUUUGGCAACGUUCGAACGCUCAUACAGCAUUCUUUCUUUGCAUGACAGAAAAAAUAUUGUUCCUUCAAUGAAGUGCUCUGUCUUCCUAACGUCAGAGUUUCUUCAGACUGAAUUAUUAUAACUGUAUUUUUGUAGGUAUUUUAAAUUUUUGUAGCAUUAAUUUCUUUUUUUAUUUAUGAUACAUUAUAGUAUUAUUUAAAUCUCAUGCUCUUACUCAUCAAUUUCCUGAACAAGUAGCUCUUACUGACAUUCGUAUGCAAGACGAUGCAUUUAUUUUUUUAUUCCAGCCUAUGUUACAGAAUUUUUUGCGAUUGCAAUGAAUUUGGGGGGGGGGGGACAGGGCUUGGUGUGUUCUGGAGUCUAGAGCAUAAUAUCUAAGCAAGUGAUAUGAGUAACUAUUAUCAAAAUGAUGAUUGUAUCGCAACCAAUCUCCAGUUACUGUUAACUUUUAAAGAGACCAAAUUACAACGUUGCUUUAUAUUUAUGUCGCCAUUUGCCACUUGGCGAAGUUGUAUUAAUGAUACACGUGCUAUGUAGUCUCAUGGUGAAAGAGCAACAUGCGAUUAGCAUUCAGUGCCUUGCUUAGUACACUUUACAAUUACUGUGAAAAAUUAAAGAAAAAGAAACUAGGGAAGGAUGAUAAUGAGGAAUAAUUCAAAGUUACAUAUGUAUUUUUUGCCAUGCUGAAGGAAUUGUAAAUUUACGAUUUAAGUUUAUAAAACUCUUCAUGCAUGAUUACAAAGUACAAUUCAAAAUUUUUUAUAUAAAAUCAGUGAUUUGUACCUUCUUCUUUUUGUUACCUACUUUGAGUCGUGAUUAUUGAUGUUUUUCAACAUCUUUUCUCAUUCUGAUUUUGAUUUCUAUGUUAUAUAACUUGAUAUUUUAUUUUGUUCAAGGCCGUUGCCGAAUAAAUUUUUAAAUCUUUUAUUA